AUGACGACGACAACACCGUCAAGCCCGCCCAGCUCGUCCUCUACGUCGACAACUUUCAUCACCGAUCAAGUCUCAAUCGCUGCAUUUAAUCGAGGUCCCGUAACUGCCAGCUUCACACCACCGGUAUCAUGUCUUUCAACCUUGACCUUGUUCAACAGUCAGUUCUACUUUGGACAUCGUGCUGAAGGCUACUUUGACACCGCCUGUUAUCCAAGCAGUACUUCCAGUCUGGCGGCGGAUGCCUGGGAUGUUUACUACUAUAGUCCUGCACAAUGCCCUUCUGGCUGGGCGCAAGCAACCUCAAUCGCAUACAGCUUCGGUAGAUCAGCUACUCAGCUAAGCCUUGGAUCCGACACCACAGCAGUCGUCUGUUGUCCGGGCUAUUUCUAUGUCGGCAAUGACCAUGCAUGCCAAUCGAACAUCGCAUCGACCACUACAUCCGUCCUCUACAUCUCACCAGUUCUGAACAACAAUUUAUGGUACUCGACAGAUGGAAACGCGCCGAGCACUACUACGAUCACGGAGACAGCAACAAGUGCAAACUGGAUACUGGGAGAUGGAAUUGCUGUCUGGUGGCAAAGUUCUGACUUGAAAGCUUUUGCUGCAGCAACUGGGACUUCAUCAACACCAACGCAGUCAACAGGGACACAGUCAACAUCCACAGCGACACAUUCAGUGACUUCAACUCCAUCAUCGCAUGGACUAUCCAGUGGCGCGAAGAUUGGCAUAGGAAUAGGCAUACCCCUGGGAGUAAUCGCGUUAGGACUCAUUGGCUUCUUUGUCUACUUCCGACGGCGGCGAAGAAACCCAAUCCCACAAACGGAACCGCAGGAAACGUCGGAAUUUAAGGCUCCAGGUGAACCUGAAUUGCAAGAUACAUCAAAGUACGGAGCACCAGCACACGAAAUGUAUUCCGACAAUGAACCGAGAAGUCAUUAUGAGCUUUCGAGUUAGGGCGAGGAAAGGAUCAGGAGUUUAUGUUAAUAUUCUGCUUAUUUUUGAAGCAUUAAUGUAUGAUGGGAUGAUUCCUCGAAUCUUCUCUCUGUUAUCAACGCCGUACAUACUUCCCGAUGCGGAGUCUUGCUUCAUUUCCGGUAUCUUCAAACUUUUUCACGAGCGAUCUGAAACGAACUCUACAGGUAAAGUUUCUAGCGACCUCUGUGUUUAGCUAGCAGACGAUGAGGAAGCGUUUCCCUAAUUAGGAUUCGUUGCUCCCAAUUGGAAUGUCGACGAGAUGGCGAAGGAGGAGAUGGCGAAGAAUCCCGUGCUCUUGGUUUUGACACUUGACAGUGUUCAUAUAUGGAGUGAGCAGGGGUGGAAGCGUAUUGCAGAGGUGUGAUUGAUUGAGG